UUUCAUAACUUGUCAACUUCAACUUAACCUCAAUUUUUAAAACAUUUAUUUUCAGUUUAUUUAUAAAUCCUUUAUAAAAUUAUAUUAAAAUGAAUGAUGAACGCUUUUUAGUAAGCGGCUGGGAAGAUGAUUUAAACGACAUUGACGAAGAGGAAAACCCCCACGAAACUCCGGAGAAAGAGGUUUUAUGGGCUGCCGAGAAUGGUGAACUGAAUGAUUUAAAACGCCUUAUAGAAGCUAAUGCAGAGUUAAUAAAUAUUGUUGAUAAAGACGGUUAUUCACCUUUACACAGGGCUUGUUAUGGUAAUCACAUUGAAAUGGUUGAGUAUUUACUUACGAAAGGUGCUAAUAUUGGAAGUAAAACACAAAUGAAAUGGGAACCAUUACAUUCUUGUUGUCAAUGGAGUCAUACUCAAUGUGCUAUUAGAUUAUUACAAGAAGGGGCUGAUGUUAAUGCAAUUUCAGAUGGAGGUCAAACACCUUUACAUGUUGCUGCUAAUCAUGGAGCUUGUUAUGAUAUGAUUCAAUUACUUUUAAUGCAUCCGUAUAUUAAGCCAGAAUUAGUUAAUAACAGUAAGGAAACUGCUGAAAAUAUUGCAAAAAGGAGUUCUAAGUAUUAUCAUAUUUUUGAGAUGGCAGACCCUGCUAUACAAGGACUUUCUGAUAUUUAAAUAACAGUAUUAUAAUAUAAGAAUGUAUAGGAUAAGCUGCUAUUUAUUUCUGAUUUUAUAACUGAAUUGGUAAUAGAAAACGAACUAAUAUUUUUUAA